UCCAUUCCACAUACAUGACUUUUUUUUCUCUUCUUCUUCUUUCUUUUAUUGUUUCAGAUUCGUUUUUGCUUCCUCUUUCAUGCUUGCUUUGCUGUUUUUGCUCAAUUUUAGUAAAUCAAGAAUUUACUUCAAAGCUUCUCCCCUUCCUAGAAAUACACCACUUCCCACACCCUUUUAUAAAUAAAAACAUUUUGGUUUCUUCUUCUUCAUCAUCUCACUACUCAUUUCUUAAUCUUUUUCCAUCCUCUCUGAAUAAUUCUCCCUUCAAUUACACAGCAAAGAAAAAAAUGGCGUCUUUACGCGUCCCAGCAGCAGUAGCAGCAGGGUUACUCGUCAUCAUCGUCUCCUUAUCUGCAGCUGCAGCAGAUCCAGACAUGCUCCAAGACAUCUGUGUUGCUGAUCUUGCUUCUGGCGUAAAGAUGAACGGGUUCGCUUGCAAACCGGCAACAAACGUCACUGCAGAGGAUUUCUUCUCAACCAGUCUGUCUAAACCAGGAGCAACAAACAACUCCGUGGGUUCCAAGGUGACUGGUGCUAAUGUUCAGAACAUGCCUGGUCUUAACACGCUUGGGGUGUCUCUUUCACGCAUUGACUACGCACCUGGUGGCCUGAACCCACCACACACUCACCCUCGAGCCACCGAAAUAGUGUUCGUCAUGGAAGGUCAACUUGAUGUUGGUUUCAUUACCACUGCUAAUGUCCUUAUCUCAAAGACCAUCAACAAAGGUGAGGUGUUUGUGUUCCCAAAGGGUCUGGUCCACUUCCAGAAGAACAAUGGGGAUGUGCCUGCUUCUGUCAUUGCUGGAUUUAACAGCCAGCUGCCAGGUACACAAUCCAUUGCUGCAACAUUGUUUGCUGCAACUCCACCCGUCCCAGAUCAUGUGUUGACCAAGGCCUUCCAGGUUGGGACCAAACAGAUUCAGAAGAUCAAGUCAAGACUUGCACCACCACCACCUAAGAAUUAAAGAAUACAUACAUGAUACAUGUACAUGUGAACUAUAUUUUUCAAUGUAAUAACAAUUUGAAAUCCUCGUGGUCACAGUUAAUGUUGUUUUUCAUAAUUCAUGGAGGUGCAAUAAAGUUGGUUAAACAUGUUGCUGUUUAA